GGUUUUCUGCGAGGAUAAACAUCGCCGGAAUUCCUCGCGUCGUUUGGAUCAGGCAGGAGAGAAAACCAAGCGAACCCCGCGGAAUUCGUUGGGCAGCGGGUGCGGGAGCAGUGGAGGAGUCGGGCGUGGAGGGGAGCGAGGAGGAUGAGGAGAGGUAUCUGGAUGGAUUGAGGAAUCGAGCCCUGCUCCGGCCGCCGCCGCCGCCGCCGGACGAUCCUUACCCCCGCCUCUGCACCCGCACCCCGUACUUACCCCCUCCAUGGCGUGAUCCGAUGAUAGCAACAAGGGCGCUGCUUCCCCUCUCGCUGACAGCGUCGGCCUCCGGCCUGUACGGCGCGCGCACCAAGAAGAGGAGGAAGCUGCCGCUGCUGCUGCCGCUGCCAUGUCCCCCAACCUGGAGAGCCACAUCAAGAGCCAGGUGCCGGCGCUGCUCCUGAGGCGCUUCUUCGGCGCGGGGCGGCGGGAUGAGGCCAAGCACCUGCAGCGGCCGCCGGUGCCGCCGCCGCCGGCGGGGAGGCGGCGGGUGUUCGUGCAGACGGAGACCGGGUGCGUGCUGGGGAUGGACCUUGACCGCGGGGACAACGCACACACCGUCAAGCGCCGCCUGCAGCUCGCGCUCAACGUGCCCACCGGCGAGACGUCGCUCACCUUCGGCGACCGCGUCCUGGAGAACGACCUCUCCUUCAUCCGUCCCGACUCGCCGCUGCUGCUCACCCGGAACAGCAUCAACCGGAGCUGCUCCACGCCGUGCCUCUGCCCGGUGUCCAAGGACUUCGAGCACAAGGAUCGCAGCGGCCUGGUCGAGAUGCUCGGCUGCUCCAUCAGCUGCGCCCGCGUGAAGCGCCUCGUCGACGACGUGGUCACCGCCAUCAGGAGCGGCGUGGAUCCGGUCCCCAUUGGCAGCGGCCUUGGUGGCUCCUACUACUUCAGGAACAUCGCCGGCGACAGGGUUGCCAUCGUGAAGCCGACGGACGAGGAGCCUUUCGCACCGAACAACCCGAAGGGGUUCGUCGGGAGAGCGCUUGGGCAGCCGGGCCUGAAGAAAUCUGUCAGGGUUGGAGAGACAGGGUUCAGGGAGGUGGCGGCGUACCUGCUGGACCAUGAUAAUUUUGCAAAUGUUCCUCCGACGGCGCUGGUGAAGAUCACGCACUCAAUUUUCCAUAUCAACUGUCCGGUGAACGGAGGCAGCCCGGCUCUGCCUCAUGAUCAGAACCAGCAGGUUUCCAGCAAGAUUGCUUCGUUCCAGCAGUUCAUCGCGCAUGACUUCGAUGCCAGUGAUCAUGGCACAUCGAGCUUCCCGGUCGCUGCUGUUCACAGGAUCGGCAUACUGGAUAUCAGAAUUUUCAACACUGAUAGGCAUGCUGGUAAUGUGCUCGUGAGGAAGCUUGAUGGUGGCACCGGUCGUUUUGGUUGCCAGACUGAGUUGUUUCCAAUUGAUCAUGGCCUGUGCUUGCCGGAGAAUUUGGAGGACCCUUAUUUUGAGUGGAUACACUGGGCUCAGUCAUCGAUCCCGUUCUCAGAAGAAGAGCUCGAGUACAUUAGAAAUCUCGACCCAAUGAGGGAUGUGGCAAUGCUACGCAGGGAGCUUCCUAUAAUCCGCGAGGCCUGCCUUCGUGUUCUGGUGCUGUGCACAAUAUUCCUCAAGGAGUCUGCUGCUUCUGGGCUUUGCUUGGCAGAGAUAGGUGAGAUGAUGACCAGGGAGUUCAGAGGGUUGGAGGAGGAACCGAGCAAGCUGGAGGUUGUCUGCAUGGAAGCCAGGAGGAAGUUAGCUGAGUGGGAACCAUACUCUCCCAUGGUUGAACAAGGGGAGGGCAUGGAUUUCCAGUUCUCAAUGGAUAUAUUAGGAGAAUACAAUGAUGUGAUUCGGUCGCCAAGGUUCAAUGGCUCAGGAAUGAAGGGGAAUGGUUUCAGAAACCCUCUUUCAAAGCUUGUGGAGAGCAUCGAUGAGGACAAUGAUGAUGAUGAUGAUGGUCGAAGUGAAUCUUCCACUCGUUCAUCUGAGCGUGUCCCUUCUGGAGGGUUGAAGCUUCCCAGUGCUGACAAAUCUAGUGGCUCUAAUGGCAGUGUGCAUGCUCUGAAUAGGAGUGCAGAUGAACAGCUUCCAUCAAGUGUUUGCUUUGUCAGGCUGUCGGACAUGAAUGCAGAAGAGUGGAGUAUAUUCCUUGAGAAGUUCCAGGAGCUGCUGAAAGAAGCUCUGCAGGAGCGUGCGGCUGCUGCAGGACAGCGGAUGAAGCAACGGCUGGGCACUUCCUGCAAGUUUUGAGUAGGACCAUAGAGCAGCAGAGAAGAAAAUAAUGUACUGCUUGCUACAUGUGUUGCUUAUGGAGUGAGUGCAUAAUGGAGAUAUGCUCAUAUGAUAGAUGCCUACAGCUCUGUGCAAAGUUGCCUUGUAACUUCUUAAGUUAUGUUCAGUAGAAAAAAGCAGGAUGGUCGUGGGUGUGGAGAAGAGCUAUGCAUGUUGAUUAACUAUGUUAAACAAGUGCUUUAAUAAAUGCUUGCAACUUGUGUAUAUUGUGUUAGAUGCCAAA